AUGUCAAACAAUGCAGCGCCAGUCCAGGACCCAGAUGAGGAGGACUACAACUCUGCCGAUGACGAAGAUUUCCAGGUAGACGUGGCACAGGACGACUCCGACUUAUCAUCCGAUGCCGAUGAGUCCGCGGAACCUGCGAAGAAGAAGCGGAAGACAGAUACGAAAGCUCAGCUCCCAGAGGACAAGGAACUCGAUUCUGGAGAUGAAGUCACAAUUCGCAAAGCAAAAGAGAAGAAAGACAAGAAGCGCAAAGGAAAGAAGUCCAAGGGCAAACGCGCGCGCGACAGCGACGAAGACGAUGACAUCGACCUUGACGACGAUGAAGGGGGAUCUGGGGGAUUUGUGCGAACGCGCGCAAUGAAAAAACACGUACGAGAUGAGGAAGCAGAGCGCAAACCUCUUGCCCAGAUCGAUGGCGCGACCGUGGAUGUGAACGCCCUGUGGGAACAGAUGAACGCUCCCGAUAGCGGACUCGGCUUACAGCCAUCCCAAAUCCAAGAAACCGAUCCUACUCCCGAACCCAGCCCAACCACAAAUACAGAAGCGCAAAAUCGGAUCACGCUAGAUACCGAGGAAAAGACUACCCUCGAGCCGCACGCCGAUCAGAUGAUCAAGAUCAAGCGUACUUACAAGUUUGCUGGAGAGUGGAUUACAGAAGAGAAGGUGGUGCCCAAACACUCAGCAGAGGCAAAGGCGUUCUUAUCGAGUGGAGAAAAUGUUGAGUACGCCGAUGCAGAUGAUAUCAAGGCAGCCAAAGCCGCCCUCAAUCUCCGCCGGCCCCUUCGUAAGAUCUCGCGGUUCGAUCCCAACCCAACAGGCAUGAUCAAGAAAAGCUGGGAGAAGCAACUUGUUCCAGAUGACAAUGAUGCGCGCGGACCCAAAAUCAAUACUGUGGAGAAGUCGAGGCUCGACUGGGCCAAUUAUGUCGAUCAGGCGGGUAUCAAAGAUGAGCUUCGUACCCACAGCAAAGCCAAAGAGGGCUAUAUCGGCCGUAUGGAUUUCCUGGGUCGCAUGGAGGACAAGCGAGAGGAAGAGAGGCGUGCUGCACGACUCAAGGGCAUGUGA